GCUUCCCGAAGUCCGGAUUUCGGACAAUGGACCCUAUGAAUGUCACGUGGGGAUUUACGACCGGGCGACUCGCGAGAAAGUGGUCCUGGCCUCAGGCAACAUCUUUCUCAACGUGAUGUCACCUCCCACGUCCAUCUCGGUCAUCGCUGCGGACACCCCAGCUCCAUUCAGCCGCUACCAAGCCCAGAAUUUUACCUUGGUCUGCCUUGUCUCUGGUGGAAAACCUGCCCCCACGGUUUACUUCAAAAGGGACGGAGAAUUGAUACAGGGUAUCGCUCUGACGGAGCCCCCGGUCAACGCCGCCGGAUUGCAGGAUAGCCGAGCUGCCCGGAACCUCUUCCAUCGGGACUUGGACGACACCAAGAUGCAGCGGUCCCUCUCGCUGCUGAACGUGGAGGACCGGGGCGGGAGGCUCUACACAGAGGACCCCUUCCAUGGCCUCACCCCCGACCGGGGACUGUUGCUCAGCCCCACCACCGAGAAUAUCCCCGAGACUGUGGUGAGCCGGGAGUUCCCGCGGUGGAUCCAGAACGCCGACCCCACGUAUUUCUUCCACCACACCCACAUCCCCAUCAGCGACGGCACUGUGGAGGUGCGGGCCAUGCUUAUGUGGACCCUUAAUCCUCAGAUAGACAAUGACGCGCUCUUUAGUUGUGAGGUCAAGCACGAUGCCCUCUCUAUGCCCAUGCAGUCCGAAGUGACUCUAGUGGCUCCAAAGGGCCCCAAAAUUUUGAUGACCCCAACAAGAGCCCGCGUUGGAGACACGGUCCGUAUCCUGGUCCAAGGGUUUCAGAACGAAGUCUUCCCCGAGCCCAUGUUCACUUGGACCCGUGUCGGGAGCCGGCUCCUGGACGGCAGCGCCGAACACGACGGGAAGGAGCUGGUGUUGGAACGCGUGCCGGCCGAACUGAACGGCUCGAUGUACCGCUGCACGGCGCAGAACCCGUUGGGCUCCACCGAUACCCACACCAGGCUGAUAGUGUUCGAAAACCCCAAUAUUCCAAGAGGGACAGAAGACUCCAACGGUUCGCCGAGUCGCCAAUGCGGCUUCAGACUAUUUCUGGCUAUCUUCUUUACAGUGACUUUGGAACUGACGUGAAAAAGGAAGGGGUGCAUUUUAGCAAAUUGGGGUUCUCCCCGAACCUCACCCCCCAAAAACAGCGCCUCCAUGUCUCCGUGGAUCGACUUUUUUCUAUUCUUUUCCUUUCUAC